AUGACCGACACGUUGGAUGUCACAGAUUUCUUUUUUGAAACGUGUCGAAAAUUUCGUCUCUCGCAAAAAGGAAUCAUUUCUGAAAACACCCAAAAAUCAAUUCGAAAUAGAUUAACGUCUUCUUCCUCACUCGGAGUUACUUUUGCUGUAGUUCAAGAAAAUCAGGUUGGUACUUAAUAAAUACAAUGAAAUUAAAAUAAAUAUGUUAUUUUUCAGAUAUUAUGCUUUCCUACCAAAUCGAUAUUCGAUAACAAAUUGACAAAAGAGAAUAUGAAUGUGGAAGUGACGAAUUUAAAUGUGAAAACAUUGAAUUUUCCAUCUAUCCAGGUAUUUCUUAAAAUGAGUUUUUGAUUUAUAAUCAAACAUAAAUCUUCAGAGAAUAAACGAAAUUGGUGUGAAUUCAGAUGGAAAUCUACUUGCUAUUUUACAUACAACAAACAAUAAUGUAUUCGUAGAUAUCUAUCAAAUUCAAACAAUUUGUCAAACUGAUAACUUGUCCCCUUUUUCAAAAAUUCGAGUUGGAACUGAUCCAAACAAUCAAGGCAGUGCAUUUGAAUGGAAUCCAGCGUUUCCCGAUACUUUUGCUGUUUCUUCAACAGAUAAUUCAGUUUUAGUUGCAAAAAUUGAUUUGAAGGUGUGUUCUUUAUUUUUCAAAAAUGGUUUAUUCAUUAGAAAGUAUUUUUAUUAGGAUGGUUCAAAACAAAGUGUGAUUGGUGCGAUUAAAAUGGGUGCAAUAGCUACAGUAAUUUCAUGGAGUCCAAAAGGAAAACAAUUAACAAUUGGAGAUUCUUGUGGAAAAGUCACUCAAUUAAAACCAGAACUUGAUGUUGUUAGAUCAAUUCUAACACCAGAAAAUAAUAAAAAAUAUCAUUAUGUUACUGGACUUUGUUGGUUGGCCACAACAGAAUGGAUUGUUUCAUAUUCAAAAGAUUUAAAUGGAAAUGAUCAUGAUUCAUAUCUUAUGAAAUGUAAAAAGGAUAAACCAACUGAAUGGAUUCUUUUAAAUGAACUUUCAUAUUCAAAUGAAAAAUCACCGAUUCCGGCAAGUAUUUUGACAAGUACUCAAUUAUUGAUUGAAUGGAAUGUUAUUUUAUCUGCAAAUACAAAAACGAGUCAAAUUAUUCCAGUUGGAAAAAAACAAGAAGAUUGGCAGACAUGGGGUGUUCCGGAAGGAAAAGAAAUAUAUUUACCAACAAGUUCAUCGGAUACUUUUCCAAUUGGAAUAACAAUCGAUAGAUCGAAUAAUUCAGAAAUUAUGAUUGGUUUUGAUGGAAGUGCAAAGAAAUAUCCCGCUUCUCCUGUUGUUAUGAUUUUGAAUAAUGAAGGAGUUUUAAGUGCAUUUCAUAUUAUAUCAACAUCUUCGAAAUCAUGCCAAUUAUCAUUGCCAAAUCAUUUAUCGAUUUCUGGUUUAAAGGAACUGUCAAAUAUUUCAAAACCUCAAAAUAUUGUGAAUAAUCCAGUUAAAGUAAUUGAAGUAUCAAAGGAGAAAGUGAAAGAAGUUGUUAUUCCACCUGUUGUUCCUACUCCAACUGUCCCAGUUUCUAAACCAAUUGCACCAACAACUCCAAUAGUUCCAAAAACACCUGUAAAACCAAAAAAUGACGACGAAUCCAAGCAGAAAUUGAUUGAUUAUGUUUCAAAGGUUUGUUGACUUUUAAAUAUAUUUCUGUUUUUAUUUUGAAAAAUUAAUUUUAGAUCGAUGAAUUGAUAAAAACAACAAGUGGAGAAGUUGGAAAAUUACAAAUAGCAUCACAAAAUACAAAUAAAACAAUUUGUGAAACUAGUGAUAUUAUCAAAAGUUCGAAUAAUGAUGCGAAAAAUGUAUUGAAUGAAUUAACAUGUUUGAUGAAAUCAAUUGAAGAAAUAACUGAUAAAUCGACACAUGCUGUCAAAGAACUCGAUUUUGUUGUUGAAGAACAAAUGAAUUUGAUAUCGGAAGCUGAAAAUCCAGAAAAUGCGCUUGAAACACUUCGAGAUCUUGCUGAAGCAGAGAAAUUGAUGAAAUUCAACAAAUUUGAAACAUCGGCUGAUCUUUUGAAUGAGAAAUAUGUUCAAUGUUGUGAAUUAUUGAAGAAAAUACGAUUUGAAUUGGUUGAAAAAGAAGCAAAAAGAAAAACGAUAUUUAUUUCACCAUUGACAAGUGGAUUUUUGAAUCAAAGAUUGGAAAGUCAAACUGAAAUUGAAACAACAUUGAAAGUUAUGAGAAAUGUUUCAAAAAUUAUAAUUGAUACAAAAGAAAGAAUACAGAAAAAUGAAAUAUUAUUAGCAAGAAGGAAAAAAAGAAAACGAAGAAGAAAUUAAAAAGGAGAAAAUUGAGGAGAAUAAUAUUGCAAAUGGAAUUGUUCGAAAUAUCGAAAAACCUGCAAAAAUGGAAGCGAAAACACUAACAAAAGAGAAUAUUAUAUCUUCAAGACUAAAUCUUAUCCAACAUUUGAAGCAAAGAGUAAGUUUUUAUAAUCAUUUUCUGUAACAAAAAAAUAAUUGUGAGUAUUUUUGCAGAAACCUGUCGAAACGAAAAAAGUCAAAUUGAUAACAUUUUCCGAUUAUUCAAAACAAUCAAAAGCAACCAACAAAACGAGUUGUGAUAUUUCAACUGCUAAUUUAACAAAUGCAAUUCUCAAAUUAUCAAUGACACCAAGAAGACAACCAAUUCAUAGUUCGGAUACAACAAAUAUUUCAAUAUGUUCAAAAACUGCAGAUGCUACAACUCAAGCAGAUGCUCCUCCAGUUGUUGUAAAUGUUAAAUCGGAAGAACCAAAAACACCACCGAAAAAUGAGAGAAAAUCUGUUGGAACAUCGAAACCGACAACUCCUCAAGUUAUACCAAAUUCACAAUUUUCAGGAAGGUAAGUAUUUCGAAUUAUUAAAGUUCUUGAUAAAAUCUGCAAAAUUCGUAAUUUUUGUUUUCGAAAAAAAUUGAAAAAUGUCAAUCGAGAAUUCAUUUUAUAAAAUAAGAAAAUAUCGGAAAUAAUAGAAAAAAUCGUCAUUAAUUUAAAUAAAAAUUAAAACAGUUUUUACAGUUUCAUGGGAAGUGCGAAAGUGGAUGUAAAACCACUACCUUCAACUUCAUUUUUGGGACAAACGAAAUCAACCAACGAUAAUUCAACAUCUCCAGCAGUCAAACCACUUUUAUCAACACCGAAUAUUGUGCCAACAAACAAUUUAUUAUCAACGAAAUCUGUGAUAACCCCAGAUAAACCUCCAAUAACAAGUAUUACUCCAGUUCCAUCUGUCGCCGCUGAAAUUGUUCCAGAAAUCAAGACUUCACCACCAUCAAACUCUCAACCCACAACUCCAGCGUUGCCAGCUACAAAACCAGUAGUGGAAACCACACCAACACAAACACCUACUGUAUUACCAGCAACGGAAAAUAAAACAGAUACAAUUUUGGAAGUUAAACCAAGUCAACCAUCGCCAGCAGCUGAAAUUAAAACAUCAACUGUAAUCGAAACAAAGCCGCAAACUGAAAAUGUUUUGAAAACUGAACCAGUUGCAACAACUGAAGAACCGAAAAAAGAAUCUGGUUUUGGUGAGUGAAAAAAAUAUAUUGGUUGUAGUUUCAGUAUUUCUAAAAAUAAAUUUAUUUUCAGUUUUUGGACAAGCCACAAAAACUCCAGAAACAAAGAAAGAAUCACUGAAGCCUGCAUUUUGUAAGUUUUUUCUCGAUAUUUCAAAUAAUGUGUUAAUUUAAAUGAUUCUUUUAAGCAUUUGGAAGUGCAUCUACAAAUACAACUACACCGAAAUCAUUAUUUGGUGGAUCAACUCCAACUUCUUCGACAAAUUCAUCGAGUAUAUUUGGAGGAGCUGCAAAAACCAAUGCUUUUGGAGGUUUUGGUCAACAACAAAAUGGUAUGCUGAUUAUUAUUUAUUAUGAUUUUAAACUUUUUAGAUUCAGCUGGAAAUUAGAAAUUCAUUUUCAUUUUAAAAAAUAUCCAGACUCACAUUUUGAAAUUAUGAAAUUUCAGAAAAAUUGAAUUUCAAAUCAUUUUUUAUGAGGUAUAAAUUCAGUAUUGAACUAUAUAAUUUUAAUAACGUAUUUUAAAUCUGAGAAAACAUAGCUCUAAAAAUAACUUCAGAUUCCCAAACAAAAUCUGGUUUUUUGCAGCUCAACAAUCACAACAAAAUAGUCAACCAGCAUCAGUUGGAUUUUCAUUCAAUAAACCAGCUCCAACAACAACUGGAUUUGGUGGAUUUGGCGGAAAUGAACAACAAACAGCGAAACCAACUGGAUUUGCAGCUGCGGCUGCGGUUGCUGCAACAACUGAUAUUGGAAUGGAAGAUGAUACAAAUAUUGGAACAUCGGGUGGAUUUAUGAGUGGAUUAGGAUCAAAUAAUCAAAAUCAAAAUUCGACGAAUACAAAUAUUUUCUCUUCAAAACCUGCAACAAAUACAUCAUCAACUGGUAAUUCUUGGCUAUUUUCAAAUAAUAGUGGACAACAACAACAACAGAAUAAACCUUCAAAUAAUUCAUUUUCAUUUGCAAGUGCUGCUGCCCAACAUGCACAACAACCUGUUAAUCCAACAAAUCCAUCAUCCGUUAGUUUUCCCCAAACUCGUUGUUUUUCUAUUAAAAUUCUCCCCCAAUUUUCCAGAUGUUCGGAAGUGCUGCUAAAUUUGGUGGAUCACCCGCUUUUGGUUCGAAACCAGCUUUUGGAGGCGGAGCUGCACCAGGUGGUGGAUUUUUGAGUAAAGACGCUUCAAUAUUUGGAGGAAAUACAAAUAAUACUGGAACUGCAGCUGGUGGAUUCUCACAAUUUGCUGCUGCAUCAGGUUCUUCAUCGAUUUUUGGUGGUGGAACUACAACAAAUCAAAAUAAGCCAGCUUCUUCAUUAUUUGGUGGAUCUUCUUCGAAUGCCAAAGGUAGUUUCAAUUCAUGGCGAUAA